CAUCACCACUUCAGCCCUGAAGAUGGAGACAGUAUGUGAGACUCCAGAUUCUCAUGGCGACAAAUGUAAAGAGGGCAGUCUGCUGGAUUGUUACACCAGAGUCUGGAAGAGUAUCGACGUUUAUGAGGCACUUGCUGCCUCCAUCAUAAGCCGUGAAACAAACUCACGCAUUACGGGUUGGCCCGACUUAACCGGAGGAGCGCCGGAUUCAACCGAUUCUGUGCGCUUAGAAAAAGAACACACUGUAGAAUCUAUGCAUUUCAGAAAGUCGUUAAACGGGUCACAGAACAAUGAAGCCACAUGACCAGCCUUAUCCAGCAUGUUAUACAUCAGCUGAACACGCCCUGUUCUAAUCCUCUUUGAACAAAAUGACGACAUCAAAUAACUUAUGUCUGUUAUCAAUCUCCUUUUUCCUGUAUAACAAAAGCAGAUAAAACUCUUUCCAACUGAUAAGACGCAUUUCGAAAAUGUACUCGUAACAAAGAUACAUUGAUAUGCAAAUAAAUAUCACUUGACAAAUCUGAAGGACUGGCAUGUACUGGAACUUUCAACACAGGAAGAGAGAUGUGCAGUGAAGAUUACCCUAAGAAUUCUUCGCUGUAUCUCAUAAAAGGACAGAAGUCUAAAGAUAAUAUUAUAUGGAACUUCCGUCCACAUCAACAUUUUAAAUAGCAAUUACACAAUACUGUCAAACUGGAGAUGAAUAAAACUGUCGCAAACCUAAUUUGGUCUGGGAAUCAUUGCGUUUACCUUUAACAUUAAUUAACUGAAAAGAGUUGCGUUUGUCGUGGAGGGUGGUUUCACUCACGCGUAGUGCACAUGGCGGCGAUGCCAGGAAUCGAACAACGGUCGAUCAGCUGACUAACCGUGAGUACUUACUACAGAGAAGAAUAAGGAGUGAAGAAGAGUGAAGGAACAUAUUUAGAAUCCAAGGUAGUUCGUGUCAAUGUAAUCUUAAGUACAUGUCACGUCAUUUCUUGUGGCAUCGACAGUCCAAUUAUUUUAUCUUAUGAAAUAGUGUAAGAUCUCUUUGUCAGAUCAACAGAAUGUGGAAGACGGUAAGAGCGAUCUUGGUGGCUGUGUGCAUGGGGCUUCCUGUGACGUAUUGCGACUUGAAGUGCUAUUCCUGUCUGAUGGCUAAAGACGACCUGGACAGAUGGUGCUUGACAAACCCGACAGAAGCCCUCACCGUUAAUUGUCCGUAUAAUUACUGUUCCAUCAUACGGCACGAGCUCGCUGACAAAAAUGGCACACUGUUCUCUUUCUUUCGCGGCUGUUCAAGCGGCGGUGAAAACGAAGUGUUCGAAUCGGACGGAUUCAAGGUGUACAUCAGACUCUGCAGCAGCAACCUCUGCAACGACUGGGAUGGCAUUGUCGAGGACUCCAGUCUUCGAGAUGGCGUCUCUGAGGAGCACGACGUUCUGCCCUGAGAAGUAGAACAGCAUCCCCCCCCCCCUUGUGUUUACGUGUACCAAAUUUUAAAAAAAGUGAAAUUAAAUAUUCAACCCUUUGUAUGAUAUUCAUUAAUAUAAAAUUAUUCAACCAUUCAUUCUCGAAUAAAUUUAUUUGUGCAUUUUACUUAACUUGUAUGAUAAUCGAGUGGUGUCAGUAGAAAAAAAUUAACAGUCUAAACAAACUUGCAAUACCUGCAGGACAGGGCAGUUGUG